AUGGCGUUUACAAAUUUAUUUCGACGUCAUUCCGUUUUUAAUGAAACUCAAGGAGCUAAUUAUGUUUGUAUGGAUGAAAAUUCUAUUGCUGAAACAUUAUUCGAUGAACUUGAAACACAAUGUCAAAAUAUUUCAACUUCAUUAUCAUCAAAAACAAAACGUAAUUCAGAAGUAUUAGAACAUUCAGGUGGUUUACUUGCAUCAACAUAUAAUUCAUGUUUAAAACGACGUUCAUCAGUUGAUUAUUCAUGGUUAACACCACAAAAUAAUCUUUUACAAACACAAACUGAAUUAUAUCAUUUAUCAGAUAUAAUAAAAAUGGAAUUAGGUGAAUUAAUACGUAAUGUAACACCAAAUGAUUGUACACUUGUUGUUAAUCAAUUUCGUCGAAAUAUACGUUCACAAUCAAAAGUUACAACACCUGAAACUAUUAUUGCUAUAUUUCGUAAAACAUUAGCUGAUUAUAUUGAUCAAAAACAAAAAACACGUUCAAGUUCAAAUGAAAUAUCAAAAAUUAAUGAAGGAAAUAAUUCAAUAUCAACAGCACAUACAUCAUUAUUACGAAAUAAUCGUAUUUUACCGAAAUUUCAAUCUGAAGAUGAACAACAUUCAAUUGCUGAAUUAGGUGAAAUUUCAUUAACAUCACCACAACAUGAUUCAAAUGAUGUAAAACCUCGUUCAAACACUUGCACUUAA